AAAGGAAAAAAGGCUUUCUCAUUUUGAAAUUCAACAAGACAGUCCUGGAUGCUGUUACAAACUCUCAAGAUGUAUCCUUCAGGUGAACCUGCCAUCAGAGUGACGGUACUUCCUGUUUGAGAAAAAAAUAAAAACGAAAGGGUCACCUGUUCUCCAGCCCUUUUCUCUACCCCUGUAUUUCCCCACCCCCACCCCCCAAUAAAAACAGAAAACACUAGAAUUUAUUUAUAUGUAUUGAUGUUGUAGGUCUAGGUGAAAAAAGAAGUAAAUGUUUCACUGCUCUAUUUAUAUAUAAUGUCUGAAUUAUUCUGUGCAGGAAAGGCCAGGAAAUUGCAUGUGAAGUUCAGUGCGUUUACCACCUUCGUGUGCCCAAGCUGCAGUCUCUUCCCCGCUGAGAUGCAGAUUUUAAAUUGAACUCUGGAGGCAGAGGGCAGGCCUUGGGCCCAACCAACACCCCCCGUCCCUUCCUUGGUCUGAUGAAAUGCAGUUUUUAGUGCAGAGAUGUCUUAAGGUGCAAUAUCUCUCCUCUUUUCAUGUGGUUUUAGAGCCAACCUCAAGGUAAUAGGACUUAGGGUCAUAUUUUGCCUUCAGAUCCCCAUCCUCAGAGUGCACGUCCAUGCAAAGGCCUCUGGCAGAAUGCCUUGGGCCUUUGGCAGGAACAGGUGGAGACUAGCACCUUUUCUGCUGCUGGGGGUGGGGGUGGGGGUGGGGUGUCAGAGUCUUCUCGCUGCGCCUCUGCCUGCUAAAAUUACCCUCCCUUCCCAUGCUGGCUGCUUUGCCCUGGCCCACUGAUGGUGCAGCCCGUUGCUCAGCAACCAGUGACCCUGCAGUAUGUCCAGCAUCAAUUACUCAGUGGGGUAAAAUCCGAGAGUAUGGGUUCAUGUAUCCUUGUGGCCUUGUCCACCCACUGAAGACUUCUUUGGCAUCUGUAUUUGGUCUGGUUCUCUUUGCUUCCCCAUUUUAAUCAACAUUAUUAUUGUUUUCAAACUUGGAAUUCAUACACUUUUGGCUCUGGGUUCCUUCGUGGGGAAAACUAAAGUACAACUAUUGCACAUUCAGAAAAACUGGUUGGUCCAGUUCCAAAGCCAUGGUCAUUCCAGCCACUUCCAGGGGAUAUUGGGGCAUCUUGUCAUUAAAUAACGGGCAUCAGUUCUCUCCAGUUCUGCCCUCGCCCUCCUGUCUUCUGGACCUGCCUUCUGGAUGGUUGAUGAGGUUGGUGACUGAUGGUCAAGGGCCGAGGAGGCCAAGGGUGUGCACACGAGGGCACGGCCAUGCCCAGAACUGGCCUGCCGAGGCAGUGUGUGGCCAGCUGCUGAAGCCCCGUCCCUGCUGUGUGGUUCCCCUCCGCCAAGUAGCUGCAUGUUGCCUCUCACAUCUGCAGUUGUCCCGUUUCCCUCCCUGCAGAGCUAGCCUGGGUUAGAAGGUCUGUUGGAAAUGGCCUUCGGCAACCAAGGACGCUAGGGUACUUGUUUGUACUUUGGACUGUUCUGUGAUGACUGGGAAAUGCAGACUUCCAGAAAGGCGGCUCUUGCUGUUUGAAAAGUGAACUGGACCUAAGACAAACAGAUCACCCGGACAGGAAUGGCUCAGUGUUGGGGUCAGACACUCUGUCCCCCAGCCGUGCCCUCUACCGGGACCACCAGCGCAUAUUUGGCUAGUGAUGUUACAACCUGCUCUUCACCAUUUCUCCGUCCCAGCUAGGUGGUCUCCAAGAUGGUACAGUGUCCCCGGGGCCCCGUCUUCAGCAUGCUACAAAGCCUCGGAGUGGAACUUUCUGCUAAGGCUCUCUGUGGAUGACUUGCUUCCAUCGUGUGAAGGGGUUACUGUACUCUCAAGCUUUUGACCUCAUGCCUUGCCUAGUAAAAAGGACCAGAUAUUUGAAAGGGCAGACGAUGGCUAAAGGUGUAAUGUGCAGCUUGUUUCUACGUUGUUUGGGGGAGCUUUUACCUUGGAUGGGAAAUGGAACCGUGGAUUCACCAGGCCAUGGUGGCACACUCACCCUUCACCCUUCCCUCCGGUUCAGUACCUGUUGUUUCUCCUUUCAAAUAUGUGAUUGUACUAGCUCUUUCCAUACGAAAGAAUUCUCCUUAUUUAAAUAAAAAAAAAAAAAGUAAAAAAAAAUAACCCCACUGAAACUGAACAUGCUUUGUCAGGUUGUGUGUCCCUCGACUCUGUCAUUUGACUAGAGACUUAGAGAUGGAAGAGUUUUCCUUUUACAUGGAAGAUAGGAGUGACUGGGCUGAAGUGCCCUACGGCAGUGUGAGGGCGAGGAGGGGGUGAAACCCGAGGUCAAGGUGCAUCGUCCCAGUGGGUGGGUGUUAGCACUGCCUGCCCCCUGCCCUCCCUCACCCCACGCCCCCCAACUCCCCAUGAGAAGUGGGUGGGUUAGAGAAGGUAAGCGUUUGAUUUGUCGUGUUUUGUUGCCACUUCUAAUGUCCCUUUUCUUUUGCUGCACUUGGGCUUGGAAAGAAGAGCAAGCCAGGCGUGGGCAGUGAAGGAUGGAGAGCUUGGAUUUGGGUUCAAGCGGUAGUCUCGGUUCUGCAAUCCACUGUGUGCUGUGUGACCUUGGGAAGGACACUUCAUUCAGAGUCACAAUUUCCAUAAUUGUGAAACGUGGGUUGUAAACAGUAGCUACGUCGUGGGGUAGUGUGGAUGCACAGAGGUCAUGGGCAGCGUCCAGCCCAGUGCCUGGUCCCAGCUUUGAUGAAGUAUAUUAUGGGCAGUACAUCUCUUUUUACAUGAAGCGGAUCUUCUUUUUGGAUGGCAGCGGACCACCGUUUGGCCACAUGCUGCUGGCCUUGGGAGGUUAUUUAGGAGGAUUUGAUGGUAACUUUUUGUGGAACAGAAUUGGAGCAGAAUACAGCACCAACGUGCCCGUGUGGUCCCUGCGCCUGCUGCCGGCCCUUGCAGGGGCCCUGUCAGUGCCCAUGGCCUACCAGAUCGUGUGGGAGCUCGGCUUCUCUCACUGUGCCGCCGUGGGCGCCGCUCUGCUGAUUCUGAUCGAGAACGCUCUGAUCACUCAGUCGAGGCUGAUGCUUUUGGAAUCAGUGUUGAUAUUUUUCAAUCUGUUGGCCGUGCUGUCUUACCUGAAGUUCUUCAACUCCCAGAAACACGGGCCCUUCUCUCCGAGCUGGUGGUUUUGGUUGAUGCUGACGGGCGUGGCCUGCUCCUGUGCAGUGGGCAUCAAGUACGUGGGUGUGUUCACAUACUUCCUGGUGCUCGGGGUUGCCGCUGUCCACGCCUGGCACCUGAUAGGAGACCAGGCGCUGUCAAACGCCCGUGUGCUCUGUCACCUGCUCGCCCGAGCGGUGGCCCUGUUGGUCACCCCGGUCCUCGUGUACCUGCUGUUCUUCUACGUCCACCUGCUGCUGCUCUGCCGCUCUGGGCCCCACGACCAAAUCAUGUCCAGUGCUUUCCAGGCCAGCUUGGAGGGGGGGCUGGCGCGGAUCACGCAAGGCCAGCCCCUGGAGGUGGCCUACGGUUCCCAGGUCACUCUGAAGAACGUCUUUGGCCAACCCGUGCCCUGCUGGCUUCAUUCCCACCAGAGCACCUACCCCAUGAUUUUGCUAGACAAAAAAGAAACUGAGCUCUCAGAUCCUGAUUAUCAACGAGACUUGUUAUUUCUGCGUGUAAAACCACUAGAGGGACUGGCGCUGCCUGGGCUCACACCUUCAGCCCCGCUGGGACGUGAAUGGAUCUGGACAGCUUGCUGGGUGGCGUCUGUAGGGACCUUGGUCGUGGGGAGGAGGAGGCCGCGGGCCCCUUGGUGCCCCACCCGCAGAUGCACCCUCUUCUCGCAGAUACGAGAAUGGCCGCGGCAGCUCCCACCAGCAGCAGGUGACCUGCUACCCCUUCAAGGAUGUCAACAACUGGUGGAUUGUAAAGGACCCCGGGAGGCACCAGCUGGUGGUGAACAACCCCCCGAGGCCCGUGCGGCAUGGCGACAUCGUGCAGCUGGUGCACGGCAUGACCACCCGCCUCCUCAACACGCACGACGUCGCGGCCCCCCUGAGCCCUCACUCCCAGGAGGUGUCCUGCUACAUCGACUACAACGUCUCCAUGCCUGCCCAGAACCUCUGGAGGCUGGACAUCGUGAACAGAGAGUCGGACAGGGACGUCUGGAAGACCAUCUUGUCAGAGGUCCGGUUCGUGCACGUGAACACCUCAGCCAUCCUCAAGCUGAGCGGGGCGCCCCUCCCGGACUGGGGCUUUCGGCAGCUGGAGGUGGUCGGGGAGAAGCUGUCCCGGGGCUACCACGGGAGCACCGUGUGGAACGUGGAGGAGCACCGCUACGGCAGGAGCCAGGAGCAGGAGGAGAGGGAGCUGGAGCUGCGCUCGCCUACGCAGACGGACGCCAGCAGGAACCUCAGCUUCGUGGCCAGUGGCGGAUGCUGACGGUGAGAAGCGACGAUUCCGAACACAAAUACAGCUCCACGCCGCUGGACUGGGUCACGCUAGACACCAACAUCGCCUACUGGCUGCACCCCAGGACCAGCGCACAGAUCCAUCUGCUCGGAAACGUCGUGAUCUGGGCCUCGGCCAGCCUUGCCACCCUGGUGUACGCCCUGCUCUUCAUCUGGUACCUGUUCAGACGCCGAAGAAGAGUCUGCGACCUCCCUGAGGAUUGCUGGCUGCGCUGGGUGCUGGCCGGGGCUCUGUGUGCCGGGGGCUGGGCCGUGAACUACGUGCCCUUCUUCAUGAUGGAGAAGACGCUGUUCCUCUACCACUACCUGCCCGCGCUCGCCUUCCAGAUCCUCCUGCUCCCUGUGGUCUUGGAGCACGUCAGCGACCACCUGUGCAGGUACGGGGCCUUAGCAGCCACGCCCCCCUGGGGGGCCGGGUCCAGGGGAGUCUUGAAUGGCGAUUCCAGUGUGAUGCAGAUGGGGUUAGGAUCACAAAAGAGGCACAAGCAAGGCUCUACAGGGGUUCAGAGGAGGAGGCUCACGAAGGCUGGUGGGAGAGGACGGCGGCUGAUGUGCACGUGAGAUGGGGAAGGCCCUUUGGGCCUGGAGAACACCAGGAGCAAAGAAAAGGAAAGGGAAACAUGGGGCGAGUCCCGGAGCA